GAAGACAGAGAGAGGGGGUGUGAUAGGUGGCGGAUGGACGAUAGGGGGAGAGGGCGACUUCGCCAAGGGUGGGCCCUCCAAGUGUCUUGUCUCCUAUCAUCCUGUCGUCCAGGGUAUCGCUUACGAAUGUCGCGCGAUCGAGCGAUCCGUGUGCGAUCCACGACGACGCGGGACGACGUCCUGGCGACGACGGGCGCGCAUCCACGUCACUAACGACGAGCAGCGUCUCCGAGACGUCGCGGCCCGAACGCGCGUAACGUAUUCCGCCGUUUCUGCUGAUAUGCGAUCGUGCAAGGAGGAUUGCCAGCGGGUCGGGUCGCGCGAGCCGACGAAUUCGGCUUAACUCUGUCGGCCUGCCGUCGGAGAGCACCGAGGGACGAGGGCGAGUCCAGCGAGGUAAAUCGGCUGCUACAACGCGCGGCUACGAGCGAGAACGGGAGCCGCGGCUUCGCGCCGAGAGUCAGGUCGGGCUAGCUGGACUAGCGGCCAAGGAGCUGCCACGGGAGCAAGAGGUCAGCGCGAUUGAGCGGCUUCGCGGCAUGUCCGGAGAAACGGAGAUCGAGGUGUCGGUGGUAUCGGAGGAGGACCUGGAGCUGGAGGGCUCCAGGAGCAGCUCCACGCCGGCGGAGCUAUUGCUGCAGGAGAAGAACGGCAAGUCCGGCUGCGGUCUGAGCAAUCAUCACCACUCGUUCAGCUUCGACGUCGGCAAGCCGGCGCUGAGGCCCGCCUGCAACCCCCAGUACACGUCCUUCAGUAUCUCCAGUAUCCUCGGCAGGCCGGAGUCGCCGCCGGUCGACUCCACGUCCACCGUGUCCGGCGAGAGGCAGUCGUCGGACGUCGACAGGACGUCGCCGUUGCCGCCGGCGAACUCGCAGACGUCGCAGAGGAUCUUAUCGUCCUGCGGCAGCCCCGGCAGGGUUUCGUCCUCCCCCACGUCCUUGAGGCUGUCCGGCGGUCAGCGCGGCGUAUCUGCCGCCGGCGGUCACGUUACUGGAGGACUGGAGUCCAGAGCCAAUUCCGCGGGUAUCGGUAUCGGAUGUGCUACCAGUGCUACCAGUCCAGCCGCGACUUUCUCACCGCCCCAAGACGCCUCUGCCAAUCCUCUGCUGGGCCACCAGGCAUCGGCGGAUCUCGCCAUGCUGUCGAGAUUGAUAGCCAGCCGAUACCCGGUCGGCAUCGGCGGCCUGUUCUACCCGUCGACGCUGCAGCACCUCCACCAACAGCACCAACAACAUCAGCACCAUUCGCGGCUGGCCGCGGCGGCGUCGUCCGCCCUGAGCAACGCGGUGCAGGUCGCCGGCCAAUCGGCGGACAUCGUCGACGCCGACGGCAUCCGCGGCGUCCUACUCGGCGGUGCCGGCUGGCCGUUUCCAUGGAGGCCGACGCACAGCCUGCAGACCCUCGAGCAUCCCUCACCGAGCGACGUGGUCGGCACCCUCAGCCGCGUCAGUCCCGCGUCCGCGUCUUUCCCGCAGAGAGACGAGCUCGACGACGACAACGCCGACGAUCGGCUGCACCGGACGAGAAGCCCGUCGAGCGGUGACGAAGCGCACGACGACCUAGGCGACGGAGACGACUGCGCGGACGGCGACGGCGAAGGCGAAUCGACCUCGACAAGUCUCCACGGCAACGGCAACGGUAACAGCGGCCAAAACAACGUACAGGUCGGCGUAGAUGGUCGCGAGUCGAACAGCAUAAAGCGCAAAAAAAAGACGAGAACGGUGUUCUCGAGGUCGCAGGUGUUCCAGCUGGAGAGCACGUUCGACAUGAAACGUUACCUCUCGUCGUCCGAGCGAGCCGGGCUCGCCGCCUCGCUCAGGCUCACCGAGACCCAGGUGAAGAUCUGGUUCCAGAAUCGGCGAAACAAGUGGAAACGCCAGCUCGCCGCCGAGUUGGAGGCGGCGAACAUGGCGCACGCGACUCAGAGGCUGGUCAGGGUGCCAAUACUGUACCACGAGGCGUCGGCGGGCCCCGGCGCGUCCGCCGGUGGCGUCACGUCAGUCUCGGUGACGGCGCCGAUACCACCGCCGCCGCCGACGGUCCCGUCGUCGGUCGCGACUUCUGGCCUCUCGCAUUCGGCGGUCGGAGUCGGCGUCGGGGUGGGCGUCGGCGUCGGCGUCGGCGUCGGCACCUCGUGCACGCCCACCACGGCGCAGCCGAUCUUCUAUUCCCAUCAUCAUCAACACCACCAUCACCACCCGGCGGCCCAUGUGCAGGCGCACAGUCUCUUGUCCCACCAGGUGCACCCGCAACCGCCACCUCCGCCGCCGCCGCCGCCCAACGGCCAACCACCGCGGACGUCCUCGCAAUAACACCGUCCGACGACUUACGAGGGUAGCGUGCGGCUGCAGGGGACCGCUGCGAACAUGACGGACAAGAUGAUCCCCGUGAACGCAACGAUGAUCCCCGCACCUCGGCUGGACCGCGCCGUUAUCAGGCUGAUCGACGUCGACGAGUAACGCCGAUGGAAAGACGGACGGACGGACGGACGGACGGACGGACGGACGGACGGACGGACGGACGGACGGACGGACGGACAGACGGACGGACGUACGCACGCACGCUCGCACGCAACGCACGACACGGGCGUCUGAUCGCGUCCUGCGACACCCCCGAAACCGAUAUCCCGCGACGGGUUACCAUGGACGUUAGCGCGGCUCUCUCCUCGGCUACGAGUUGGGUUCUAAUGGUCGCCCUUGAACACGCGGACCGGCGUUGGGGAUGAAUGUGAGUACAAGCGACAAAUGUGGAGUUUUAAUUCCACCUCGUGUGUGAACUGUUUUGGAUUAUACGUCGACGUGAUGCGACAUCGAAAUUGCGCUUUCACUCGAGGUGGAGGAUGUUAAACUUUGUGCUGGCACAUUGGCAAUUUAGUCGGAAGAUUUGGUCGGGAUUUUAAGAGCGGCGAGCACUCUUUCUCUCUCCCGCUUACUCCCGUUAAUACGUAGAUUGGUCGAAAAUUGAUCGAAAUUCCAUAAAUUGAAACUCUACGUUUUCCAAAUGCUAACUUGUACUCAUAUUUGUGCGUGAUAUUCAUUACUCAGGAAGAGGCAAAUUAUUCGAUAAAUUAUUCCACAAAUGAGAUUCCACUAUUUCUGAUGAAAGAAAGUUAAUUUAUCGAAGUGUCUUUCGAUAAGAGAAAUUUGAAAGCAAGAAGAUGCAAUCAUUCGCAAAUUAGUCGAUUGAAUCUGUUUCUGAUAAGAGAAAUUGAAUUUAUCGAAAUCUGUCUCGAUAAAAGGAAAUUCUCCGCUUUUCCGAUAGAAAAGAUCUUCAUUGGCAAUCGCGUAUAUUCGUUGAUUCAUUUUGAUCAAUUUAAUUGCGAUAAAUAGUUUUCAAUUUUUUCGAAAAAGGAGACAUUCCGCGACUUGUAACCGAUGCGAAAUCACGCAAGGAAUUGAACUGUGAUUCGAGAUUCGUGAUUUCGCGUCCCUUCCUUCCAGACAGGAGGAGCGCGAAAGUUGGCGCGAUCUCAUAUGGUUUCUUUUGCGGUCUGUCGCCGAUGUAACAAUAGAGCGUGUCGUACGUCGUCACUCGCUUUCGUGCUGUUUUAGCGCGCGAGAUCUCACGGUCCCACGAUCGAUGGACGCGAAUCAGACUCUCUAUUUUGCGCUCGACUCCCCGAUACUUGACCUCUGUAAAUAGAACACUAAUAGAGGUAGGCGACUUUUCCGAUAUGCGUGAAUUCCGAGGAGAGAAACAAUUCGCGCGGAUGCGAAAAACGGAAUUUUUCGAGCCGUCCCGCGUGCGAUUGUGCGACGCCUGGUAUUUUAAUCGUUCGUCGGUCGUAUCCGUUCCUAAUCGUAUCGUUUCUCCGUGUACAUAUACUUUCUUUUUGCGCAGAAAUUUAAUUCGCGCGUGCAAUUCGGCGAGCGCCGAGGGAGAGACGUUGCGCGCGAGCCCAUGACCGGAAGCUCCGUUAAUGUAAUCCGGGGAUUAAAAUUUCGGUAUGAUCUUAGCGAGUCCAAUUUUCGAGAUACAGAAAAAUGAAAAAGAAACCCUACCAUCGAGGAGUAUCGCCGUACGAGAAAACUCGCGCGCGUGUUCCUACAGUUUGUGCAAGUGUAGAAAUCGUUUACGUGUAUUUACAGAAAUUGAACUCGCUGAUAUUAUGCCGGUUUCAAUGCCUGAUGUAAUUCGGGAUUUGCUGUGGUUGUAAGAUUCAACACACACAUGAAAA